AAGAACGAUAUUCCUCAUCAAACUAAAGGGCAAUCUGGACAUUUCAUCUCUCCAAAAUAACAACGCCUAUUUUGGGUUCAACUCAGAACGUCCGAUUUCUCCGAUACCCCUUUUCCGGCCAAGAAGAUGAGUCAGAGAAAAUCCGCAGCCGGAAGGCCGUCUGGAACUGAUGGCUCUGAUUUUUCCUAUCGUAUGGUCGUCGAUUCUCGGUAUCAAAAGGUUGCCAAAGGGAAAUCUCGUUUCCAUUCUCUGAUUUUAGCUCAGGUUGUUAUUCAGUUAUGUGGAGUGGCAUACUUGUUUCUAUUGACAUCAAAAAAAGAGACCCCCGAUAAACUUGCUAUCUCAUCUGCCAUCACUGGUUUCUUUUCAUUGUUCAUUGGAGAAUUAGGCCAAAGGCAUAGCCGCACAAGUUUUUUGAAAGUAUAUGCGAUUGCGUCAUCUCUUUCACUUCUACUACUUCUUGUUGAUGUCUCUCAGGGUAAUUAUACAUUUGAGAGUAUUGGGGAUCUAAGUAAUUGGCAAGCAAAGCAACUCGAACUUUUCGAGAUGAUCCGCAUUUCUCUUGGGGCUCUGCUUCAAAUAUUUGCAAUCAGCACAGUGAUUUCCCUCGUCAGUAACAUGUCUCCUCCAAAACGUGCGUCUUAAAUUUUUGUGUGCCAAACUAUUUUCUUUCUAACCACCGGGAAAUAUUUAUGUACUGAUUCUUCUUGAUUCUGUCAUCCAAAAGACAGCUUACGUCUUCCUUGAUCAUUUCUGAAGAAAUGUUUCACUUGGGGAGCCUUAUUGGGAAUUUGAUGAAAUUUUGUACGAUGAAACUGCUUGAGUAAAAUUUGAAAGAAAAAUCAAAAUUUUCUCGGAAGAAAAAACUUGAUAGGAUUGACAAUGAUUGAACUAUUUGAUAUGUUAAUUUCUAAAGUCUUGUCCUAUGCUUGAAUUGCUUAAAA